AUGAAGGGUACUACUACUAGCUGCAUUGAUGAUCAAAUACUAUGUGAGAUACUAAGCAGACUUCCAUUGAAAUCGCUUGUGCGUUUCAAACGCGUAUGCAAAUCUUGGCAAUCCUUGAUUGAAAAGGAUCAGUGGUUGAUCAAUUUACACCAUCGACGGCAAUUGAAAACAAGUCCACAUCUCUAUUUUUUGACCAGUAAAGCUGUAUUGGAAAGUCCACGGGUCUUCAUCGUGAAUCUCAUGCUGUCUUUUCCAAAGGAUGAAAGCGUUAAAUUUGAGAUUCCUUGUACAGGAAACUUGUGCAUAGACACAAACCACAAAGAAAUAACUACAGCAACAAAAACCAUGCAAGCCAUAUCGAAUAAGGAUUUGUUGGUUUGUCAGCAUAUACAAAAACCCAUCAACGGUAUGAUAUGCUUAAUCGACAAAAUAGAAAGAAAAGAUAUGGACUCUGACAAUGAAGUUAAAGAGGAUCAUGCUGCUCGUCUAUACAAUGUCAUCACCAAAGAAGCGACACCUUGGAUCAGAUCAGCUUACUUAGCACAAGUAGAGAAAUUAUGUGACUUAUCGAAAGUAGAUGUAUAUCGUACUUAUGAAUUUGGAUUUGAUCCUACAACAAGGGAAUACAAAGUGAUUUGCAUGUGGAGCAUAUCUGGGUAUGAGCUUCCAAAAUUGGAAGGGUACCUGGAGUACACAAUAUACGAAGACGAAGAGGAGAAUUACAAAAUGUGCGAGGCCUUGACUCUAGGCAGCGACACUGCUUGGAGAAGGAUUGAUAAGGUACCACCGUCAGAUAAGUUCUCUAAAGAUCUAUAUGGUUCCGUUUAUGCGAAUGGUUCCAUAUAUUGGAUGUAUUACAAGGAUACUCGUCCCAUGCUAGUGGCAUUUGAUGUCGGGAGAGAGGAUUACAAGAGAGGAUUACAGAGUUAUACCAGACCUUGA